GGUCCCGCGACGGUCACACACGAAAAUUUGUAAGAUUUUAGAGCAGAUCGUUGUUCGUGAUUUCUUCGUUUUAAAACCAAUUUGUAGUAUUAAAUUUCGGGAAAUAUGCAGCGGGGUCGAGCGCGAGCCGUGUGAAAUGCAUGCGAACGGCGUCGGUGCGGCAAAUCAGUGCGAAAUCAAGCCCAAAUGCUCGAAGUGAAAACCCCCUAAAGCCAGAGGCGUCGUCACACACACUCGCACUCACUCACUUGGAAUAAGCAAGGAAAAAGAAAAGGAAAGGCCAAGAAAAGCAAGUGUGUGCAGAAAACGCAGAAGAAGAGUGCGAAAAGUGCGGAAAGCUAGGAGCGAAGUGGCGUCGGGCGUCGGAGAGCCGGAGUGUCGUCCGGAGUAGUAGUAGUUGUCACCCAUCCGUCGCAGGAAAAUCCCCAGCAUGGAUGUCGAAACACAGGAAAUACGACAGGCUCGUCAACGUGCUUCCGUCAAGUGGCUGCUCUCGAAGGCGUUCAACAAUCGCGUGCCGGAUAACCUAAAGGAGCCCUUCUAUCGCGACCAUGAGAACCAGGAGCGCCUCAAGCCGCAGAUCAUCGUAGAGCUGGGCAAUGCCACGCUCUACUGCCAGACGCUGUCCAACCUGUAUUCAGAUCCCAACUACCAAAGCAUGAACCACUGGUCAAUAUUACAGACGCUAGCGCGCAAGGGAGUACCCGUUGCCGAAACCUCGGACAUGCCCAUUACCGAAACGGUAUUGAUUCAAACGAAUCCGCUGCGAAUUAACGCCCACAUGUCUGUGAUAGAAUCGCUGAUGGUCUUGUAUGCGAAGGAAAUAUCAUCGGGUGACCGGGUCAUGUCGGCCAUUCGAAGAAUAUCUGGCAGCAAUUACCAGGCGCCUCCUGGCCAGUCCUAUGAGCAAGCUCUGCUGGGCUGGAUAUCGCAUGCCUGUGCGGCUCUUAAGAAACGCAUCAUCAUGGAGGUGGAGACAGGAAUGCCCGAUGAAAAUGGCUCCCGCUUGCAGACGCCGGAUAUACCGCCUGUCAGGGACUUCCAGGAUCUAUGCGAUGGCAUCUGUUUGGCCCUGCUCAUCUCGUACUAUUGCCCCAAGGUGGUGCCCUGGACGAGUGUUAGGAUCAACUAUUUGCCCGCCGUCGAGGAUUCCAUACACAAUAUACUGCUAGUGGCGAAUUUCUCCCAGAAGCAUCUGCCAUAUGGCGUCUUCCACAUGACGCCCGAGGAUGUGACCUACAUGCGGGGCUCCAUGAAACUGAAUCUGGUCUUGUUGCUCACGGAUCUGUUCAAUCUGUUUGAGAUACACCCAGCAAAGUGUGUCUGCUACCCUGGAAUGGAUGGUCAGGUUCCGCACUCGAAUUCAUUUGGCGGCGGCUUAAACCGCAAAACCACUCCGCCCAACGAUUACCAGGCGACUUUUGAUGGUUCAAAUAAUCAGGCCGAAGCCUUCGUCGUGCACAAGUCGCGUGGCAUCACCACCCUCGCCUCCAUGCACUCGCAGCAGCAGCAGCAGCUCCAUCAGCAGGCACAGCAGCAGCCGCAGUAUCACCACCAGCAGUCACAGCUUCAGCUCCAACAGCAGCAGCAGCAGGAGCCCCUGGUUCCGGCUCGCUUGCGCCAGGCUAAAGAAAAGACCAAUGUGGAGUCAAAGGCGGACGAGAGAGGCGAUUUUGUCGCUGCGGGUCGACCAAGUAACUGGGAACAGAGCCGCCGGCCAAGCUUUGCAGGACGUCGGUCGCGUAGAAAUUCCUCCAGCGAGGACUCCCAGCUGACCAUUGAGAACUUUGGCGGCUCUCAGGAUCAGCUAAAUACGCUGGGGAGAUACGAACGCGAGCGGGAUGUAAGGGAACGCAAGCUGUCCAACACCAGCGUAGUGGAACCCGCUGUGGCCGUUCGCUCUUCUAUUGCCGAUGCCCGGGGCACCUUGCAGCUGGGCUAUGACACGGAUUCGGGCUCUGAGAAGCAGGAUCGCGAGACGGAAAAGUAUACGAUGCGGCGACAAGCCAGCGUCGACAAUGUGCCCACGGUGUCAUCGCACAAUCUUUCGAAUGCGGGCAGCCCGUUGCCCAUGGCCCGGCACAAGCAACAUUCCAUCGACAAAGACUAUCACAACAACAGCGGCGGCGGCGGCAUGAUGGCAGAUCCAUACAGUGAUGCCCGCUCCACCAGCGGCUAUGAUCCGGAAAGCACGCCCGUGCGCAAGUCAUCGACUAGCAGCAUGCCGGCGAGUCCCGCUGCCUGGCAGUUGGAUGUAGGCGAUGAGGAUAUGCGAUCGCUGGAGAAUGCCAGCAAGCUGUCCACCAUACGGAUGAAGCUGGAGGAGAAGCGAAGGCGCAUCGAGCAGGACAAGCGGAAGAUUGAGAUGGCGCUGUUAAGGCACCAGGAGAAGGAGGAUCUGGAGUCGUGUCCGGAUGUCAUGAAGUGGGAGACCCUGAGCAACGAGUCGAAGCGCACGCCCGACAUGGACCCCGUUGACUUGGACAAGUACCAGCAAAGCAUCGCCAUCAUGAACAUGAACCUGCAAGAUAUCCAGCAGGAUAUCCACCGCCUGGCCACCCAGCAGAGUCAAAUGCAGGCGCAGCACUUGCAGGCCCAGCAGCUGAUGCAGGCCCAGCAGAUAGCCAACAUGCUGAACCAGCAGCAGACCUAUGGUUCGCAGCAGCACUUGGCCACUGAUCAUCAUUACCAGCCGUCAAGAACCAUGCAGCAAAGCUUUGGCUCAUCGCCGCAUCUUCCGCAGGCCUACAAUGCCCCCGUCAGUGCGUACAGCUCCCGUCCGCCCAGUCGCGAUCCAUACCAGCAGCAGUUGCAGCAUCAGCAUCAACAGCAGCAGCAGCAGCCCAUGGCCAUGCCCCAGCCCAUGCAGUAUGUCAACGAGCACGGCCAGUACAUGUCGCCGCCGCAGCCCGCCCACUAUAUGCCGCAGCAGCAGCCGCAGAGCAUCUACAGCGACAACGGGGCGGGCUACAACCACAGCAACCACUCGCCGUAUGGCGGUGCUCCGCCUGAGUACAGAAACAGUGUGGUUUAUGAUGAUUAUGGGCAGCCCACCAAUCACUUUUACCUGCACGAGUCCUCGCCCCAGCAACAACAACAACAGCAGGGACAUCCGCAGCAGCGUCGAACCUGGGCGCACUCGGCAGCAGCGGCCGCCUACGAGCAGCAGCAGCAGAUCCAGCAGCCUCUGGUGGAUGUGAAUGCCUGGCAGACGCAGCAAAAGCAGAAGCAGACUUGGAUGAACAGGCCUCCCUCGAGUGUGGGAGCACCCAGUCCGGGCAGCUUUGUCCUCCAUCAAAACGGUGGAGGUGGCGGAGGCGUCGGCGGCGGAGGUGAGCUCCAGCAUCUCUUCCAGGUCCAGGCCUCACCCCAGCACAGUCAGCGGCAAGUGGGUGGCUCCAAUGGGGUCCAGCGUCAGCAGUCGCUGACCAAUUUGCGGGACAAUCGUUCGCCCAAGGCCCCGCAACCCAUGGGAAUGCCCAUGGGGAUGCCCAUGCAGCAUGAGGAUAUGAUGGCGCCGCAGAGCAUCUGCUUUAUUGGGGAUGAAGAGGAUGUGGAUGAGCUAGAGCGCAACAUCAUCGAAUCCAUGCAAUCAACGCGCAUCUCCGAUUUUGUCCACCAGUCGCAGCAGCAGCAUCAGCUGCAACUUCAGAACCAGCAGCAGCAGCAGCGGUUGCAGGGUCACAGCGGACGAGGCAGCAGCUCGGAGGACUACGACAGCGGGGAGAUGAUCUCCAACAAGCUGAACAUCACCAGUGGCAACCUCACCUACCGCAUACCCUCGCCCUCCCGUCCCUCCAUUCAGGCCAAUAGCUUCCAGGAUCCCCGGGCCUUGGCAGCAGCAGCGGCGGCAGCAUCUAGUGGCGAUGAUCGAGAGCCGCCCGAAAAGGGCUUCUACAUCUCCUUCGACGACGAGCAGCCCAAGCGGCCGAAGCCACCUUUGAGGGCUAAGCGAUCGCCCAAAAAGGAGGCCUUGCCGGGCAGCAGGGACAGCGUGGAUCAUCAGGCCACCCUUAAGCGCGAGUCCCUGAGUCAGCUGCACAACAACAAUAACAACAAUAUAGGAUUUGGUGGGGAGGACGAGAGCAGCAGCAAGCCGGCGGCAACAACCAGGCACAGCAUCCAUGGCCUCAAUAGCCACUCCAACAGUGUCAAAUCCCCCGGCAAUGCCACCUACAACAAGUACACCGAUGAGCCGCCCAUCCAACUGCGGCAGCUGGCCGCCGUCUCAGGAGCACCAGUUUCACCCACUGGCCAUGAGCGUCGGUAUCUGGAGGAUUUGACCAAUCAGACGUCGCCACUGCCCCAGCAGCCAAUGUCGCCCACGCGGCUCCAGCAGAGCAGCAACAAUGCCGAGGCGGCCAGGAAUAAGGCGCUGGUCAUAGGGGCAGACAGCGCCAACUUGGAUCCGGACUCUGUAGAUGAGAUGGAGCGACGCAAGGAGAAGAUCAUGCUGCUGUCCUUGCAACGACGACAGCAGCAGGAGGAGGCUAAGGCGCGCAAGGAGAUUGAGUCUUCGCAGAAGCGGGAAAAGGAGCGCGAGAAGGAGGAGGAGCGAGCGCGCAAGAAGGAAGAGCAAAUGGCGCGGCGUGCGGCCAUUUUGGAGCAACACAGACUCAAGAAAGCCAUCGAAGAGGCCGAACGAGAGGGUAAAACCCUAGAUCGGCCCGAUAUGCAUGUUAAACUGCAACCCCAGUCAUCCACCUCAACGACACCGCGGCUGAGACAGCAGCGCAACACGCGACCCAGGCCCAAGACCAUCCAUGUGGACGAUGCCAGCGUGGAUAUCAGCGAGGCUUCGAGCAUCUCUAGUCGGGGCAAGAAAGGCUCUAGCUCGAAUCUAACUGGCUACGGUCAGCUAAGCUCAAAUUCAAUGAAACGAGAUUACUACAGGGGCUCGCAAGACUCCCUCACUGUAAAAGAGUCACCCGAUGAUUAUCCCAGUACAAGUUCAACUCCGAUUGGACGACGGGGAUCGUAUAAAACUUCCAGAGAGCCAGCCGGCGUUGAAAGGGGCCGCACUCUGUCGCGGAUCUCCGUUGCGAAGGGCAGCACGCUUAAUUUCCGGGGCCGAAAGUCCAAUUCGCUAAUGAAUCUGUGCGACACAGAUUCGGGACUGGGACGCGCCACACCGCCGCGGCGUGCUCCGUCGCCUGGAAUGGGAAUGGGCGCUUCAGGUAGGCAUAUGCCAUCACCCUCGGGACCGGGCUCUUUGCCGCCAGGUUUGAUAUCGAAACGUCGCGGAUUUGAUGAUGGAUCCAGCGAUUUCUCAUUAACUCCGAAUUUGAACAUGGAAUAUUCGGGUCCGAAACUCUACAAACAACCAGCGGCCAAAUCGAAUCGUGGCAUUAUACUAAACGCCGUCGAAUACUGCGUGUUUCCCGGCGUGGUUAACCGCGAGGCCAAACAGAAAGUGCUGGAGAAGAUUGCGCGCUCGGAGGCGAAGCAUUUUCUGGUACUCUUCCGCGAUGCGGGCUGCCAGUUCCGCGCCCUCUACAGCUACGUGCCCGAGACGGACCAGGUGACCAAGCUGUACGGCACUGGGCCUAGUCAAGUCGACGAAGUGAUGUUCGACAAGUUCUUCAAAUACAACUCAGGUGGCAAGUGCUUCUCGCAAGUGCACACGAAGCAUCUGACGGUGACCAUCGACGCCUUCACAAUACACAACUCGCUGUGGCAGGGCAAGCGAGUGGCUUUGCCAAGCAAAAAGGACAUGGCGCUUGUUAUCUAAGCAGCGAGUAAGAGUACGAGGAACGUGAAACGAGGAGCAUGAAGCUAGUAAACAGGAACGUGAAACGAGUAGCGAGUAAACAGGAACGUGAAACGAGUAGCGGGUAGCGAGUAAAGAGGAGCUUGGAGCGAAAAGCAGCGAGUUCGUUCACGGCGAAGCCAACAACGAGCGCUUGGCGCUGUUUUUGGCCAGGAUCCACCACAACUAAACUAUUCUACACACGUUUUGCGCAUUAAGACAUCUCCCUGCAGAAAGCAUAACACAAACAUAAACAAAGUUGGGUGUUCAUCGGGGUAUAUAGUACAUAAUUAUGGCUAAUUACUAUUUGCACAUGUUUGAGGAACAAGAAACGAGAACAAGAAUUGGAAUUUACGGAAUAUUGUAGUGAUUAAUACAAUGCGAUUGAAUAUUUAUUUUGAAUAUAAAUGCAUAUAAUCCAGCCUCUGAGAAUUUAUUGUUCGCGCAUGAUGAUGAGCUAUAUAGAAGAGCAAAAGCCAAAAGCCAGAAUAUGUCAUGGUGGGGAAAAUCGAAGAACAAAUGUAGAAAGCAAACACCAUUUUUUAUUAAUUUGUUUUUAUACAUAUAUAUAUUGUUAUUCUUGUGAAAAUUGAUACUUGGCGGAAAUAAUAUUAUGGAAAAAUAAUUUUUCAGCAGCCAAAGUCGAAACACUAAUUUUAAUGCCAACUAGCUAUUUAUUUUAACACUAAUUAAUACUUUUACUUUUUAAUGCGUAUUAAAAAAAGGGAAUAAUAAUACAACUAAUAUUUAAAGCUAAAGAUAUAUCUCGUAUAUCUCGAUACAAACAAGAAAAAGACUUUUGACUGCUGAAAGCGGAGCUCCUUGGCAUCCGAUUUCGAUGGCAUUUCUCGCUUCUCGAGCUGAGAGGGUUGGCUGGAAUUGACUUGGUAACUGCCAUCGACCUUACUUUAAACUCUGUUCGAGAUUGCUCAACCGUUCGUUGCACCUGGCCUGCACUUAACCCCCACUCAUCCUGUUUUACUUUUUAAUAUAUAAUUUUAAAUAAAGCUGCUCGUAUCUUAUGAUUUACACCUGCUUCUACACAAAAAACGAUAUUAUUUCCCUUGCAAAGGUAACUCGUGCUUUGUAUUUCUAGCUAGCAAAGUGAGGGGAGAAGAAAGAGUAACUAAAAUAUAGAGCAUAAUCCAACUACAAACUACAAGGCCAUCUCGGGGGCAGAGCAGUUUGGUGGGGGAUCAGGUUAAAUAUUAAAUCUAUGUAAUAUGUAUAUGUAUGUGCGUGUCGGGGCAGUUGUGUGCCCUUGGCCCAACUAGCUCCCAAAUAAUGAAUAUUAAUGAGAUCUAAAAACAUUAUUAUAUAAAAUGUAAUAAAGUUAUUGAACAAUGAUUAUUUAACAAAACAAA